GAAACCUGAAAAACGGAAGCCCGUCGAUGUAACCGAAAACUCCGUGAAACAUCGAUGACCGCCUUGUCGCGAGACUUCUGAAUAUACAUAUCGUCCCCUUCGUAUAUACAUAUUAUAUCGUACAUAUACUCCUUUUUUUCCCCUAAUCGCCGUGGGAUCAUACACAGUCUGCACAUUCUUGUCCGUGGCAUUACCACCCGGUCUCGAUCAGACUAUAUAUAUAUCUGCAUAUACAUCCUACAAGUAUCAGCUCCGUGGAUGUUGCAAUACUGAAAAGCCACCGUUUUUGGAACCUGACUGCCCCGACAGGAGGAAAGCAAGACCUGAGCUAGAGCGGGACAUCGGGUCGGACAAUAUGCUUGAAGAAUUGGUUACCGCAGUCUCGCCUGGACAGGCAGUCCUGAUUGCGUUCGGCCUGUUCGCUACCUUUCUAUUUAUCUUGGAUUUAAAAAUCGAUUGGCGCAUCCAGAAAUUAGGGCCACAGGCACCGCGUGUAAGGACUUAUCUUCCCUUGGGCGCUGAUUUCAUCUAUCGGGCAAUGAAGGCUGCCGGCAAGCAGAAGGAUCUCGAGUUCUGGACUAAGAUGACCGAGGUUCCCAAAUAUACCGGUCCUGGCCGACUUUCGACCUUUGAGGUCAAAUUUAGCUGCUAUUCCCGCAGCCUUUUCACUAUCGAUCCGGACAAUAUCAAAGCAGUGCUCACUGGCCAAUUUGCCGACUAUGGCAAAGGGAGAAGGUUUCACGAAGAGUGGAGGGACUUCCUGGGGGAUAGCAUUUUUGCCACGGACGGCGAGCUUUGGUCGAAAUCCCGGCAGUUGAUUCGCCCCAUGUUCUCGAGAGAUCGGAUCGUUGACACUGAAAUCUUCGAAAAGCAUAUCCACAAGUUGAUUCCGUUGCUUGGUGGUGGCGCGAAUCAAGAUGGGAGUAAAGUCGUCGAUGUUGGCCCGUUGUUCUUCCGCUUUACUUUGGACGCUGCCACCGACUAUCUUCUGGGUCAGAGCGUCGACAGCUUGGACAACCCGAAGACCACAUUCGCGGAAUCAUUCCAAUAUGUGCUUCAUCGUCAAUCCGUUAUUUUUAGGUCUGGACCUCUGAGUCCACUUCUGUCACGUAAGCUCUUCCACGAGAACCUCAAGAAGAUGGACGAUUUUAUGCAGCCAUUCAUUGAACAAGUCCGUGCCCUCACUCCCGAGGAGCUUGAUCACAAACUUUCCAAGAAGGAUACGUUCCUUCAUGCUCUCGCUCGGUUCACCCGUGACCCAACCGUUCUCCGCGACCAAUUAGUCGCCAUCCUUCUCGCCGGUCGUGACACCACAGCAGCCACACUCUCUUUCUGCAUUUUCGAGCUUUCCCGGCACCCCGCAGUCGUGCAGAGACUCCGCAAUGAAAUCGAAACCGUCUGCGGCAACCGCAAGCCCACGUAUUCCGAGCUCAAAGAAAUGAAAUACCUCAACGCCGUGCUGAAUGAAACCAUGCGCCUCUAUCCUGUCGUUCCAUUUAACGUUCGCCACGCCCUCGUCGACACCACUCUUCCGCGUGGUGGAGGCUCAGACGGCCAAUCGACCAUCGGUGUACCCGCCGACACUCGAAUCGUGUAUUCGACCAUGGCCAUGCAGCGUCGCAGAGAUCUCUACCCGCCACCACCUGUUCCAGGCGAGAAGACCUUACAGCCAUACUUCGAUCCACUCCUGUUCCACCCAGAGCGCUGGCUAUCGGGCUGGCAGCCAAAGCCAUGGCAUUUCAUUCCGUUCAACGGCGGGCCGAGAAUCUGUCUGGGUCAGCAGUUUGCAACGAUUGAGAUGGGGUACACUGUCACCAGGAUCCUCCAGCAUUACCCUGAGAUCAUUGGCGUGGGAGCACCGAAGCCAGGGACAGAUCCAAAGUUCAAGUUUGAUGUUACUUUGAGUCCAGGCCAGAGACUGGAUUGUGUUUUUGUGAAAAAGGAGGAGUAAUUCACAAUUAGGUAUCCUUUCCCUUUUUCGUCCGACCCUUGACGGGUUUGGAUUUUCUUAAUGCCGAUGUGUAUAUGAUUGCAUUUAUUUCUGUCGGAUGUACUCUGUACGUAUGUACAUACUCUUUGAGCACAUGCUACCCGUACUUCAUGUUAUAGGUGAGUAAUGGCAACUCGAUAAUGAACAUCUUCUUUUGUCAUGUCAA